CCAUGUUGGGGCCGAGGGGACCGCGGAGAGGUGCUUGAAGCGGCGGGAGCGGAGCGGGAGCGGGUCGGACCUGGGCUGGUAGGAGCCCCGCCCCUCCCGCCUCAGCGGAUCAUGACCCGGGCGGCGGCCACGGAGGUCGCGGUGGCGGGGGACGCGGCGUGGCGGGGCCAGCGCUAGAGAUGAUGCCGUUUCCGGUGACCACCCUGGGACCACAGCGGACCCCGCCGCCGCCCAAGCACUACGGCAUCUCUUCCCCCAUCAGUUUAGCACCCCCCAGGGAGACUGACUGCAUACUUACCCAGAAAUUAAUUGAAACUCUGAAGCCCUUCGGGGUUUUUGAAGAGGAAGAGGAACUGCAGCGCAGGAUUUUAAUUUUGGAGAAAUUAAAUAAUCUGGUAAAGGAAUGGAUACGAGAAAUCAGUGAAAGCAAGAGUCUUCCACAAGCUGUAAUUGAAAAUGUUGGAGGGAAAAUCUUUACAUUUGGCUCUUACAGGUUAGGGGUGCAUACGAAAGGUGCAGAUAUCGAUGCGUUGUGCGUGGCACCGAGACACGUUGAUCGAAGCGACUUCUUCACCUCCUUCUAUGAUAAAUUGAAACUACAUGAAGAAGUAAAGGAUUUAAGGGCUGUUGAGGAGGCAUUUGUACCAGUUAUCAAACUGUGUUUCGAUGGGAUAGAGAUUGAUAUUUUGUUUGCAAGAUUAGCACUGCAGACUAUUCCUGAAGAUUUGGACCUAAGAGAUGACAGUCUGCUUAAAAACUUAGAUAUAAGAUGCAUAAGAAGCCUUAAUGGUUGCCGGGUAACUGAUGAGAUUUUACAUCUAGUACCAAACAUUGACAACUUCAGAUUAACUCUGAGAGCCAUCAAGCUGUGGGCCAAAUGCCACAAUAUUUAUUCCAAUAUACUAGGUUUCCUUGGUGGUGUUUCCUGGGCGAUGCUAGUAGCAAGAACUUGCCAGCUUUAUCCAAAUGCCAUAGCAUCCACUCUUGUCCGUAAAUUUUUCUUGGUGUUUUCUGAGUGGGAAUGGCCGAAUCCAGUGCUACUGAAAGAGCCCGAAGAACGGAAUCUGAAUUUGCCUGUCUGGGACCCAAGAGUAAAUCCCAGUGAUAGGUACCAUCUCAUGCCCAUAAUCACACCAGCAUACCCACAGCAGAACUCCACGUACAACGUGUCUGUUUCAACACGGAUGGUCAUGAUUGAAGAGUUUAAGCAAGGGCUUGCUAUCACACAUGAGAUUUUGCUGAGUAAGGCAGAGUGGUCCAAACUUUUUGAAGCACCCAGCUUCUUCCAGAAGUACAAACAUUACAUUGUGCUUCUGGCAAGUGCGCCAACAGAGAAACAACAUCUAGAGUGGGUGGGUUUGGUGGAAUCAAAAAUCCGAAUCCUGGUUGGAAGCUUGGAGAAGAAUGAAUUUAUUACACUGGCUCACGUGAAUCCUCAGUCAUUUCCAGCACCCAAGGAGAGUCCUGACAAGGAAGAAUUUCGUACAAUGUGGGUGAUUGGGUUAGUGUUAAAAAAGCCAGAGAACUCUGAAGUUCUCAGUAUCGACCUCACCUACGAUAUCCAGUCUUUCACAGACACUGUGUAUAGGCAAGCGAUAAAUAGUAAAAUGUUUGAGGUGGACAUGAAAAUUGCUGCGAUGCAUUUGAAGAGAAAGGAGCUGCAUCAACUACUGCCUAAUCAUGUGCUGCAGAAAAAGAAAACGCUUUCGACAGAAGGUGUCCGAUUGACAGCCCUGGAUGCCGGCAGCCGUGACUUGUCCGUCGGCAGUGAGAGCAGCACGCCUGUGUCGUCACUUCCUGCCGCUUCGCAGACUGGCCCAGUGACUGGCGGCGCUCCAGGCGGGAACAGCCCUGCCCCGGCGGCGUCUGUGAGCGGCGUACAGUUUCCUGAGGUUUCCUCGCAGCAGGCAAAUCCCAGCGACAGCCCCGGGGGCGUGGCCAGCGAAAGCAUCCCUCAGACGGCUCUGCAGCCCGCUGUUCCUCCAGCACCGAAGCCCAUGGUCACCAGAGUCGUUUCCUCAGCACGGCUGGUCAGCCAUCCGCCCAGGCCUUCAGGGAGCGCAGCAACAAGCAUAGCUAAUCCUAUCGUAGGAGUCUAGAGGACAUCGUCGCGUCACCAAGAAGAAAGGACCAAGGCAGCCAGAACGGAAGAGGAGUGUUCUCAGAGAGAGACCAGUGUCGCUCGAGUGAAGACUCUUCAGACAGCCGCUUCUGGUGGCCUCACGGGAACAUCCACUGCAGGCCUUCCCAGUACCCCUGCUCUCCCUGCAGACCCUAUUCCUGUUAUCAAGGAUUCAAUAAACAGAUUGAACUGAGAAAAACACCUCGAGGGUCCAUAAACAGUGUCUGCCAACUCAGCCUGCUGUCUUCACAUGCUAAUGGAGGAG